GGGCACAGUUGGUGCUAUCUUUACUUGUCCACUAGAAGUCAUUAAGACAAGGCUGCAAUCUUCAAGACUUGCUCUUGGGACAGUCUAUUAUCCUCAGGUUCAUCUGGGGACCAUUAGUGGAGCUGGAAUGGUGAGACCAACAUCUGUUACACCUGGACUCCUACAGGUUCUGAAGUCAAUCUUGGAGAAGGAGGGACCAAAGUCACUUUUUAGAGCAUUGGGUCCAAUUUUGGUUGGAGUUGCACCAUCAAGGGCUGUGUACUUUGCAUGUUACUCCAAAGCCAAAGAGCAGUUUAAUGGCAUUUUCGUGCCUAAUAGCAACAUUGUACAUAUUUUCUCGGCUGGCUCUGCAGCUUUUGUCACAAAUUCUUUAAUGAACCCUAUAUGGAUGGUUAAAACCAGGAUGCAGCUAGAACGGAAAGUGAGAGGCUCCAAGCAGAUGAAUACACUCCAGUGUGCGCGCUAUGUUUACCAGACAGAAGGUAUCCGCGGCUUCUAUAGGGGAUUAACAGCCUCAUAUGCUGGAAUCUCAGAAACGAUCAUCUGUUUUGCUAUUUAUGAAAGUUUAAAGAAGUAUCUGAAAGAAGCUCCAUUCGCCUCUUCUACAAAUGGGACUGAGAAAAAUUCCACAAAUUUUUUUGGACUUAUGGCAGCUGCUGCUAUUUCUAAGGGGUGUGCCUCCUGUAUUGCCUAUCCGCAUGAAGUCAUAAGGACACGACUACGUGAGGAGGGCACCAAGUACAAGUCUUUCAUCCAGACGGCACGCCUGGUGUUCCGGGAAGAAGGUUACCUGGCCUUCUAUAGAGGACUUUUUGCGCAGCUUAUCAGGCAGAUACCAAAUACUGCCAUUGUGCUGUCUACCUAUGAGUUAAUUGUGUACCUGUUAGAAGACCAUGUUCAGUAACAGACCAGAAAAUUGUGCUCUAGAAGAAUAAAACUGAGAAACUCUAGAGAAUUUUUUUUUUCCCAUUGAUGUUUAGAAUGUUUGAGACUGAAACAGGAAAGGCCAUAAAAGAACUGGCUCAUAUCACCUGUUGGACAUUUCCUUUUGGAUUCAUGCUUUCUGGAAGGUUCUAAUUCAUUAACGUUAAGAGUUAAUUAUAACUUUUUUUGUUUGUUUGUUUUUUAACUUAAAAGAAUUGAGGAUUAAGCAGCAACUAAAUUAAAUCAUGCUAUUUAAUUUAAGUAUAAA